AAAAAGUCACCACUAAUCAAUAUGUUGAUCAGUCCAAGCUCUUAGCUUCUCACACAGACAACAGUGGGACCAGUGUGUCUGUGUACCUGGUGCUCGUGUCAAUAAAGUUUUUUCAAAGUCCCUCCGCUGCAGCAAUGGCGGCUCCCAUGUCCUGGAGGAGGCUGGUGUACUCCGUGUACACACCGGCCAUCACCGGGGUUUUCACCCGAAUAUCCGACCGACUCCUCCGGGCCCGGGACAGAAGAGGAGGGUCCUCGGUGCUGCUGCUGGCUCCCCUCCUGGCUGAAGCCGACCCAGCCCCACGUCGUGUCUCCAGGCCCACGGGGUCAGCCGGAGCUCAGGGCACAGACGGCCUCUGCGCCCAUUUCCGAUGGAUGGAAGAGCACGUCCCCGCCUUCAGGGUGCCGGGCACCCACAUCCACAUCCUCACCUCACCUGACCAGUUCUACCAGGCCAUGAAGGCACGUAUCAAGACUGCGAAGAGGCGAGUGGUGAUGGCCUCAUUGUAUCUGGGAACAGGUCAGCUGGAGCAGGAGCUGGUGGACUGUAUGGAGGAAGCUCUACAGCGCUCACAGGCAAACGCUCACGCUCCCGAUCUGAAAGUCUCCAUAUUGCUGGACUACACUCGCGGGUCACGAGGACAGAUCAACUCGAGGACCAUGCUGCUGCCGCUGCUGCAGCGCUUCACCUCUCAGAUGCGGGUGUCUCUGUACCACACUCCGGACCUGAGGGGGCUGCUGCGGCUGCUGGUCCCGCAGCGCUUCAACGAGACCAUCGGAGUCCAGCAUAUCAAGGUCUACCUGUUUGACGACAGCAUCAUCAUCAGCGGGGCCAACCUGAGCGACUCGUACUUCACCAACAGACAGGACCGCUACGUGCUGCUGGAGAACUGCAGGGAGGUCGCCGACUUCUUCUCCGACCUGGUGGAGGCCGUGGGAGACGUCUCCCUGCAGCUGCAGCCCGACGACUCGGUCACCAUGCUGGAGGGCAUGGUGCACCCGUACAAAGUGGCUGUAAAUCCUCUCAAACACUGUCAGAGCCGAGAGCGCCGUGACCCAGAGAUCAGACUGACCCGGCUGCACCCGCUCGCCUCCAUCUAUGUGUCCCAAACAGGCAACAGGCAGGACUUCUCGGCGGCGGCGAGGCAGCGGAUCAUGGAGGUGGUGAACGCGGCCCACAUAAGGCAGCGGCUGACGGGCCGGUCGGAGGACUCCGAGGACGAGGGGAUGAGCGAGGGCGAGGAGGACACCUGGGUGUUCCCUCUGGUCCAGAUGAAACCUCUGGGCAUCCAGGUGGACGAGCAGGUCACGCAGCGCCUGCUGACAGACGCCGGGCCGGACUCCACUGUGUUUCUAACAUCGGGUUACUUCAACCUGACCCGGGCGUACAUGCGGCUGGUGCUCGGGGCCGGAGCCAACUACCGCAUCCUGACCGCCUCCCCCGAGGUCAACGGGUUCUUCGGAGCCAAGGGCGUCGCCGGUGCGAUUCCCGCAGCUUACAUCCACAUCGCCAGGCAGUUUUACAACCAGGUGUGCCGACUGGGCCAGCAGGAGAGAGUACACCUGCACGAGUACCACAGGUCACAGUGGACCUUCCACGCCAAAGGUCUGUGGUAUUACCUCCAGGGGCAGGAUCGGCCUUGCCUCACUCUAAUUGGCUCCCCUAAUUUCGGUUACCGCUCAGUUCACCGUGACCUGGAGGCCCAGAUCGCAAUAGUAACAGAGAACGAGGAGCUGCAGAACCAGCUGCAGGAGGAGCAGGAGACGUUGUACCAGCGCUCCACCGAGGUCUCCAGCUCGACGUUCGAGCAGCCGGACCGCCACGUCCAGCUGUGGGUGAAACUGGUCACUCCCCUCAUCAAGAACUUCUUCUGAGAGGCCACCAGCAGGUGGAUUUGUUCGGUCCGGAGCUCGGAGGUCGGUACACUCCUGCAGAUGGGUACGAGUACCACCGACAUCCUGGAGAUGUGGGCUUCACCUCGGCAUGAACCAGUGUGUCCCAGGAAGUGACUCUCUCUCUCUCUCUCUCUCUCUCUCUCUCUCUCUCUCUCUCUCUCUCUCUCUCUCUCUCUCUCUCACACUCACUCACACUCACACACACACACACACACAAGCAGAUGUAUGUGGUGCAUUCAGGGGGUCGAAACCUCUUUGUUACACAAACUCCAUUUGCUUGCACAUUAACACCUGACGUCAUCACACUGGACUUCUGGUUUUUAACAUUGAAAAAAAAUAGAUAACCUUCUACUACAGUUCAUACCUCUCUACAGCUACAUGUUGCAUGUAAAAGAUAGCAAUAGAGACUUCUUCAGAUGAUGUGAUGAAGACUGUGACGAAGGUGCGGUGAAGAAUUAAAAACCCCUUGAGGAGCCUUAAUGAGAGCUCUCACAGUGAGUUUACAGCUCUGCCUGCAGCAGGAAUCAAAGCUAACUGUACAGUGUCUUUGUGUUGUUAUAUUUGUAAAUUAAAGGAAGACAUGGAGAGUUUUUAAAAUGA